UCAAAAAUUUCUCUAUUAAAUAUUAAGAAAUAAGCAAAAUAACGAAAAUACGUCAGCUAAAACCAUUAAACGUGACCAAACAAAUACGACGGAGGUCCGCAAAGUGCGGUCGCUAUUAUUCAAGAUUAAGCGUCACCACGGUGUCGACUAUCACAGUGGCCAUCAAAGAGUGGUGGCGGGAUGUGGCGCUGUGCACUAAGGGGGGCAGCGCCUCCGUAGGCCCGCUGCCCCCUGGGGUCGUUACUCGGCCCUGUAAUAAGAAGUCACGCCGCCCCAUGGGACACGCGUUCAGUAUGUGCAGGUUCCAUCGGUGUCGAACCAAAAAGAGCCUGCAUUUGCGCAGCAUAGACGAGCCGCGCAUGACCGUGGAAACAGUUGCGGCUGGCGGUGGCACGGGGCUCACAAGUAGUGGUGUUGAUCCACUAAGUAAUAAAGCCUCGGCCGCCUUUAAUCAUCGACAUACACAAUCAAAUAAUUAUGAUCCAGAAUAUGCACGUAUGGAAACAUGGCUAGAUGAGCAUCCAGAUUUUGUACAAGAUUAUUUUUUAAGGAAAGCAACACGACAAAUAGUCGAUUCAUGGUUGGUAUCACAUGCAACACCGACCAGUAGUAGCGUCGAAUUAUCAUCACCCACACAUGGACCACCAAGUCGUGGUGGUUCUGGUGCAACAACACCCGUUCGUAAAAUAUCAGCACAUGAAUUUGAACGUGGUGGUUUAUUAAAACCAAUUGUGAAUACAAUUGAUGGUACACCCACAUUUUUAUCUGUUAAUAGUCAAAAUGAUUUGGGUGGUAUACCAAUAUGUGGACAAUUUACUACACGGCCACAACGAAGGUCACGUAAUGAAUUACGACAUUUAGAUGAAAAAGAAUUAAUUUUUGAAUUGGUCAAAGAUAUAUGUAACGAAUUAGAUGUCCGAUCAUUAUGCCACAAAAUUCUACAAAAUGUAUCAAUGUUACUGCACGCGGAUCGUGGAUCACUGUUCCUUGUCCAGGGUGAACGUAACAGCAUCAAUAAUGUCUACAACAAUAAUAACAACCUUAACAAUUCAACAACACCUAGUCCUUCAACGAAUCUUUUAAAUAAUAAUAGUAUAUUAACGAGCUCCUCCACCACCACCGCGACACAAGUACCAAGAUCACCAAGUCCAACAGAUAUACCACCUAGUUUAAUAACACCAAAUAAUUUAUUACACACUAAUCAACAAUUAUUACAGCAGAACGAUAAAAUUUUUGAUCGUUUAAUUAAUCCCGGACAAUUUGGUGGUAAUGAUUGUCGUAUGAUUGGUGCAGACAAUAAAAUAGUACAAAAUAAUAAUAAUAAUAAUAAUAAUUUAAAUAAUAAUAAUAAUAAUAACACAACAAUGACGUCAUUGGUUCUAACCUCAAAUCAUCAACAAUCAAUGUAUGAUGAUGAUCAACAAUCGAAGGAUACAGAACAACAAUGUAAUAUAAAUCCACCGACAUGCAGAUAUCUAGUCUCGAAAUUAUUUGAUGUAUGUUCAAAAUCAACGCUGGUUGAAAUGGAACAAAAGGAGGAGAUACGAAUACCAUGGGGAUGUGGUAUUGUUGGUUAUGUGGCAGAGAGUGGUGAAUCUGUUAACAUACCUGAUGCUUAUAAGGAUGAACGUUUCAAUCACGAUAUUGAUGUUCGAACAGGGUAUAAAACAAAAGCAUUGCUAGCAAUGCCAAUUAAAGACACGAAUGGUCACGUCAUUGGUGUCGCUCAGGUGAUAAAUAAACAGGGUGAUUCAUGUUUUACGGCAGCAGAUGAAAAAGUAUUCUCCAGUUAUUUGCAAUUUUGUGGGAUUGGUUUACGUAACGCUCAAUUAUAUGAACGUAGUCAAUUGGAAGUUCGUAGAAAUCAAGUGUUAUUGGAUCUCGCUCGAAUGAUAUUCGAAGAACAGAGUACAAUUGAACAUAUGGUCUUUCGAAUAUUAACGCAUACACAAUCACUUAUACAAUGUCAAAGGGUUCAGGUUUUGCUGGUACAUCAACCAUCGAAAGGAAGCUUUUCACGUGUAUUCGAUUUUGCAGCAACCGAUCUCAAUUCUAUGGAUUGUGAUUCCAGAACUAGUCCAUUCGAAAGCCGAUUUCCUAUCAAUAUUGGUAUCACUGGUUAUGUAGCGACAACUGGUGAGACCGUAAAUAUUCCAAAUGCAUACGAAGACUCACGAUUUGAUCCAAGUGUGGAUGAUGGAACUGGAUUUACACAUAGAAGUAUACUAUGUAUGGCAAUAAAAAAUUCUUGUGGUCAAAUUAUUGGUGUAAUACAGUUAAUAAAUAAAUUUGACGAUUUAGCAUUUACUAAAAAUGAUGAGAAUUUCGUGGAAGCAUUCGCAAUAUUUUGUGGAAUGGGUAUACAUAAUACGCACAUGUAUGAAAAAGCUGUGAUAGCAAUUGCAAAGCAGAGUGUGACGUUAGAAGUUCUUUCCUACCAUGCAUCUGCUUCUAUUGAUGAUGCAAUUCGACUUAGGAAUUUAAGAGUACCUUCUGCGGCACAUUAUAAUCUUCAUGAUUUUAAAUUUGACGACAUACAAUUAGAUGACGACGAUACACUAAAGGCUUGUUUGAGAAUGUUUCUAGAUUUGGAUUUACUAGAACGAUUUCAUGUUGAUCGAACAGUUCUAUGCCGAUGGUUGCUUAGUGUGAAGAAAAAUUAUCGACAAGUCACAUACCAUAAUUGGCGGCAUGCUUUUAAUGUUGCUCAAAUGAUGUUUUCGAUUUUAACGACAACGCAAUGGUGGAAAAUCUUUGGCGAAAUGGAAUGUUUAGCAUUGAUGAUUGCAUGUUUAUGCCAUGAUUUAGAUCAUCGUGGGACCAACAAUUCAUUUCAAAUCAAAGCUUCAUCGCCACUCGCACAAUUAUAUUCAACGUCAACAAUGGAACAUCAUCAUUUCGACCAAUGUUUAAUGAUCUUAAAUUCACCUGGAAAUCAAAUUCUUUCAAAUGUUUCACCAGAUGAAUAUUCCAGAGUUGUGAAGGUAUUAGAAGAUGCAAUUUUAUCAACGGAUCUGGCUGUUUACUUCAGGAAACGCGGUUCAUUCUUCCGUAUUGUACAAAAUGUAGUGGAAGACGGUCAUGAUCCAGCUAUUUGGGCAUCUGAAGAAAAUCGUGAGCUGCUACGCGCAAUGUUAAUGACUGUAUGCGAUUUAGCAGCAAUUACAAAACCAUGGGACAUUGAAUAUCGUGUCGCUGAACUAGUAUCAUCAGAAUUCUUUGAACAAGGCGAUAUUGAACGGCAAGAAUUAAACAUUACACCAAUUGAUCUUAUGAAUCGCGAAAAAGAGGAUCAAUUACCGUUAAUGCAAGUUGGAUUUAUUGAUUCUAUAUGUUUGCCAAUCUAUGAGGCAUUUGCUGUGUUAAAUGAUAAACUUGAACCAUUAGUCGAAGGUGUACGAGACAAUAAAGCACAUUGGUUAGAAAUUGCAGCCGCAAAAUCAUUAACCACCCAAAAUAACGGACCACAACAAAAUAAUGUUGAACCAAUGGUCAAAGAUGAUGAAGACGAAGAAGAAGAAACAACUGCAGAAUAUACUGAAGUCAAUGAAAUACGCCGAAUGUCUUCAACACCAAAAAAAAUACAUGAGUCAAUAUCAGCGCCAUGUUCGCCAAUCGAAAAAACCAUUCCAAAAACAACUAUGACAAAUUCAAUUUCAACACAUAAAAUCUCAACAAGCAGUGGACCUGAGUUCAGACCACAUUUAGAUGAAAAUCAUCUAUAAAUCGAAUGAAAUUAAUUACUUAUUUAAUUUAGUGAAUUUUUGUUUAUUUUUAACCAAAAAAUUUGUGUGAAUAUUCUUAAUUUAUAAUACAGUUGGUAUCAAUUUUACCAAAACAAAAACAUAUUUCUAUAAAGUGUUUUCGUAGUGAAUUUUCCUCUUCUUUGAAUUUAAGGGGUAAGUUUCAAUGUAAUUAUAGUAAAAGAUUAUAUAAAGUUCUUUCGAUUUCAAAAUUUGUACAUAACUUUUACAUAACACUUAUGAAAAUGGGGCCAUUUGUCCUUUGAAUCUUAGCCAAUAGAUAUAUUCCCGAAUUUUCAAACAAUUGGCUUAAGAUUUAGAUUCAGUUCCACCAAUUCGGCUACUUAAAAACGUGUAUGUUCAUGAUUUAAUCAUAAUUAAUCGAAGUUGGUAGGAAGAACAUAAAAACUAUAAAAUAUAAAAAUAAUAACAAUCGGAAUUGAUGUUACAGUAAAAACUAAUUAUAUACCUACAGAAAUAAGUGAAACUUAAUAUUGUAAAGUAUGUACAGUUUGUUGUAGUUUUACAAGAUAACCCAACUGAAACAAAGGGAUAUUUUGCAAAUAUUUAUGUAUAAAGAAGUUUCACUGUAUUUAAUAAACACCCUUCUUCUUUUAAAAUAACAGUUUAGUUAUUAUUAGACAACUAUUAGAUGAAUUCUUGUGAACUCUAAUUUAAAAUUAGGACCAAAGAUAGAUCGAAUUCCUAAAAGCCUCCUGGAAGUUUGUUCACUCAAUACAUUAUAGGAAAAUCUACGUUUUCCGAGAGUUAAAAUUUCCCUUUUAUAUAUUUAAAAAAGCUCAUAAUUUUUUUUUUUAAUUCCAAAAUCUUUUAAAAAGAAAAUUUGAUCAUUUUCUAAAAUCAAUUUUUCCUUCCCUUAAAUUCACAACUAUACUUACUUAGGGCUUGUUUAGUAGAUACUUUGCAUCUAUAGUCGCGACAAUGAUCAAUGAAUAAGAAAUGAGACAACACAAUCGUGGUAUCUGUUAACCUAGCCCAUUAUAAAAAUAUUUCUUUCUAAAUAAAUAUCAAAUUUUAUACGCACUAAAAAAGUAGUAGUUGAAAAAUUUUUACUUAGAAUUGAGAAUUUAAAGUAGAAGUAGCGUGAAUUUUUUUGUACUAUAAAAGAAAAACAAGCAAAAAAUUGUAAUUUAGUAAUCUUUUUUAAGGCCAGUAGUGAAAAAAAUCCACAUUUAUAAAUAUAAAUUAUCUAAAAAAGAGAACUAAUUUUGCACUUAUAAAAAAAAAGAUGCACAAAUUUGUUUGUUUAUAUUUGGGUCUUGUUUUAAGCUUGUUCAAUAAAAUCCUCAUAUUAACGCACUUUUAAACUUGUAUAUCAGAGCCGUAACUAAGGUGUGGCAAUGCUGGCCCGCGCCAACAGAUUUGAGGCGUAAAUUAAAAAGUAUGUUUUGUAUGUAAAAUAAAAAGUCAAUUGAAUCAUAUAAAAGGCGCAAAUGUAUCUCUUUUUCAUGCCUAAACUCAUUAUUUUACAAUAUUAUAAAUGUCAUAGUUUGUAGAAAAAAAUAUUUGAGGGAGUUUCCAAAUAUCUUAAGACUUAUCAUUUCAUUAAGGAGAGGCGUAAUCUGAAUUUUUACUACAAGCGCUGCUCACUAAUGUUACGGCCCUGCUUUUAAUGAAAAGUUUACACGACACGUACAAGUUUUUUUAACGACAUAAUGUCUUUCAAUUAAAAUAUCUACAAUCUAAAAGCAAGUACCGAAGAACCAAUGGUACAAUUUUGCACAUUUUGAAGAGUGCGUUAUUGAUAUUAUGUCAAUUUAAUAAAAAAUAUUUUAUGAGAGAAGCUAAAA